AUGGCAGCUAUCAACGGUCCUAACAAGCAACAAAGCGACAAAGGUCCCAACGACCAGCCAGUUGACGACAGGCAGCCGUCUCCACCCGCAGGUCAAUUUUCAUUUAUUGAGAAAUUGCCCGCUGAGAUCAUUCAAGAUAUUGCAUCUUAUCUUUCAGCUUCAGAUCUCGCGUGCCUCGGUGCCACUUCCCGGACCCUCUUUGAGCAUGGAUCGACUGAGUUUCUAUGGGCCAACCUGGUGAAUGCAAGACUACCCACUCCUAUCCAGGACCCGGGUCCCUUUCAGUCAUUUCGUCGUCUCUAUCUUGCAUUUUACCCAUGUUGGUUCAUUCCCCAAUACAAGAUCUGGUUCGGAGACAAUGAUCACACGGGGGUACUGAUCCUAGCUCGCUAUGACAACCACCGGGGUGUGAUCAAAGGAUACCGCAUCGUUGCCGAACGUGGUCUUCCAGAAUUUCAAAUAUGGAUGUCAAACCCAGAAGUUAUGAUCCACUGUUUUGACCCCAGUGUUCAUCUGGCGUUGGAUGAUCCUGUCUUGCUUAUCAACGACCCGGAUCCGACCUCCCCAACAGCCCCAAUCCAAUCCUUUAAAUCGAUACCAGAGGAGAGACGUAUGCCCGUGGCUUCGGAUUCACGGCACAUAUACACCUCGCUGUCGUUUUGCUGUGAAUUUACCUCUCAAGCACCUUUGGUCAGACCCAAUGUGAUUUGGCCACCACAAACCAUCCCGAGCAAAGCACGCACACUUCGUGAUUUGAGAAACUCACCCUCGCUGAAUGUGAAACAUUUGUCAGAAUUGUCGGAAUCGUUAUUCCGUGUCAGGAAGUGGGCAAACCCAGGGCUUACGUUGUCACCGGUGCCACACAAAGCGAGUGUGACUUACUCAACUCUGGAUCCCGUUCUUUACACCCCCACUCCAGAGAAACCCUACCAGGGAAUUUGGGUUGGAGACUACAAAGCCCAUGGGUGCGAAUUCCUUCUUUUUCUUCAAAGAGACAGAGUGAGCCCACUACAUGGUAGAAGAUCGUCAAAGAUAAUUGACACCCAGGAGGAGAUUAGACAUCGAGGCCCAUUGGAAGGUAUCAAACUAACAGGUGACUCUAAUGUUCCUCGUGGCCAGCUCUCGUUUAUUGCCGAUGACCUUGGUUCCAGAGGCUUGAUUAAUAUCGGGACGGAUGAGCCUUUCGUUGGGGCACGAAUUGUGCACACUUACAUUGACUCCCGAUUGAUUCUUAUCUCCCCUGACCUCGUGGGUCUUUACUGGAAGGAGAUAGGCCAUAUCUCCUAUUACCGCCGUGUGGACAUUGACGCUCUGCUACAUACUAUGUAG